AUGUCUACUGCAGGCUGUGUUUACAACAUGUCUACUGCAGGCUGUGUUUACAACAUGUCUACUGCAGGCUGUGUUUACAACAUGUCUACUGCAGGCCGUGUUUACAACAUGUCUCCUGCAGGCUGUGUUUACAACAUGUCUCCUGCAGGCUGUGUUUACAACAUGUCUACUGCAGGCUGUGUUUACAACAUGUCUACUGCAGGCUGUGUUUACAACAUGUCUACUGCAGGCUGUGUUUACAACAUGUCUACUGCAGGCCGUGUUUACAACAUGUCUCCUGCAGGCUGUGUUUACAACAUGUCUCCUGCAGGCUGUGUUUACAACAUGUCUCCUGCAGGCUGUGUUUACAACAUGUCUACUGCAGGCUGUGUUUACAACAUGUCUCCUGCAGGCUGUGUUUACAACAUGUCUCCUGCAGGCUGUGUUUACAACAUGUCUCCUGCAGGCUGUGUUUACAACAUGUCUCCUGCAGGCCGUGUUUACAACAUGUCUCCUGCAGGCUGUGUUUACAACAUGUCUCCUGCAGGCCGUGUUUACAACAUGUCUCCUGCAGGCUGUGUUUACAACAUGUCUCCUGCAGGCUGUGUUUACAACAUGUCUACUGCAGGCUGUGUUUACAACAUGUCUCCUGCAGGCUGUGUUUACAACAUGUCUCCUGCAGGCUGUGUUUACAACAUGUCUCCUGCAGGCCGUGUUUGUAACAUGUCUACUGCAGGCUGUGUUUACAACAUGUCUCCUGCAGGCUGUGUUUACAACAUGUCUCCUGCAGGCUGUGUUUACAACAUGUCUCCUGCAGGCUGUGUUUACAACAUGUCUACUGCAGGCUGUGUUUACAACAUGUCUCCUGCAGGCUGUGUUUACAACAUGUCUACUGCAGGCUGUGUUUACAACAUGUCUCCUGCAGGCUGUUUACAACAUGUCUCCUGCAGGCCGUGUUUACAACAUGUCUCCUGCAGGCCGUGUUUACAACAUGUCUACUGCAGGCCGUGUUUACAAGCAUGUCAACAGUAUCAUCAUGUCUGGAGAUGA